AUGAAUAACCUUAUGAAUAACAAUACUAAUUCCAACUUUAGCGACCUGCUCGUCUCUCACUCGACAAAUAAUAAUAAUAAUCACAGCAAAUUUACUACUCUAAAUAUUGGAUCUCUUAACUACCGAAGGGUUGCUAAGCUAUCUCUUCCUAAAAAACGUCAAUCCUUCGUUCGCCAUCUUCGUCUCCAAUCGUUAGUUAUCUUCUCGUUACAUGAUACUAACGCUGAGGAUGAACAUACCCAGUCAGCUCUUAACAUCCUCUUCAGCUCUAAAAGCACCUUUUGGACUAGGGACUCACUUGAACCGAUCAAAGUGUUAGCUUAUGUUAAUGAUACGUUGGACUUACUCAAUUCGACAAGUGAUAUGUCCGCUCUCCUGCAGAUUAUUACGCUUUAUGAGCGCUCUUCCAACGCCAAGUUGAACCAUUCGAAGACUAAAGCGUUUUCUCUCUCUGGUGCUCUCUCGACAACAUGA